AAGGGAUUGUCUCUGCCUUUAGUCAGUCUUCCUAAUGACUUCCGUUGACAUGGUGACUGAACAACUGACUUCAGGUAUUUUGGAGGCACUGGUGUCCCAUCCAACGUUGACCUCUUUGCUACUUCUGGCUGCCCUCGUCGCCACAUGCUGGUAUAUCAGAGACUCCUACGAGGUGGCCGCGUUCGACCUCAAGCAUGUGCUCAUCACAGGCUGCGACAGCGGCUUCGGCAACCUGCUGGCUAGACAGCUGGAUGCCAAAGGUUUCCGGGUCAUAGCGGCGUGCCUCACGGAGACGGGAUCGGCGGAGCUGGCUCGCUCGGCCUCCCCCGGACUGAGGACGCUACUCCUGGACAUAACAGACGGCGAGAGCAUUAGGAGGGCACGGGAGUUUGUGAGCAGAGAGGUGGGAGAGCGAGGCCUGUGGGGGUUGGUGAACAAUGCGGGCCGAUCCACACCCAUCGGCCCGACAGAGUGGAUGCACUUGGAGGAUUUUACAAAAGUUCUGGACGUGAACCUGAUAGGCGCUGUGGACGUGACGCUUCGCUUCCUGCCGCUCCUGAAGAAGGCCCGAGGCCGGGUGGUCAACGUGGCCAGCGUCAUGGGCCGACUGGCGCUCACUGGGGGAGGCUACUGUCUUUCCAAGUGGGGAGUGGAGGCCUUUUCGGAUAGCCUCAGACGAGACAUGCAGCAUUUCGGUGUCAAAGUGAGCAUCAUCGAACCUGGUUUCUUCAAGACUGACGUGACCCGGCUGGAUCUCAUCGAAGCUGACCUCAGAAGGCUCUGGACUCGCCUCCCUCAAGAAACAAAACGCUUCUAUGGAGAAACAUACUUUGAUGAUUAUUUGAAGGCGCAGGCCUUCUCCAUGAACGUCCUGUGUAGUUCCCGCAUCUCUAUGGUGACCAGCUGCAUGGAGCAUGCCUUGACUGCUCGCUCCCCCCGCACGCGCUACACCGCCGGCUGGGACGCCAAACUUUUCUGGAUCCCGCUCUCGUACCUGCCUUCAUUUGUGUCCGAUUUUGUUAUCAGCGCGCUUCUACCUUCUCCUGCGGCAGCGAGGUGAUGAAGAGGAACUUCACUACGGUCGCCAAAUUCAACUCAGCAGCAACCAUUUGAACUGUCAGUGAUCAGAAAAAGCAGGUUUUAUUUGUAAUCAUUUAAGAUGGUGGAUACAAAAUGACUCAUCUGCAUUCUGAGGGCAUGCGUGGCUCAUCCACAUAAAUUAACAUCCGUGCACAAGCAUGUUCAAGUAUUCGGUCUGUUAUUCCCCAUCAUCAGUGCUGAUAUAAAAAGACAUAAUCACAGUGAUUAAAAGUCACAAAGUCAGGGAUCACAUAAGAGUAAAAAAAAAAAA